CAUUUCUUAGCAACUCACUCUGUAACUGUUAAAAUGACAGGGAUUGUCAGAAAGAAUCUCCGUAAGUAUUUUAAAUGUAGUUAAAUAUAAUUAAUUAAUAUAAAAUGUACAGACAGUCUUAUCAACGGGGUAUGCUAACUAUAUUUUAUAGCGUCGGCUCUAAACCCUUGGCUCUGUGGGACACUUACACGCAAGAUGGUUACAUAUCCAGAUUUUUGGAUCCAGAUAUUAAGUCCAUGGUUUUAGAAAUAGGCGGAACUAAUGUAAGUACAACGUACAUGAUAUGUCCUAAUGGUAACAAAGUGCUUGGAAUAACAAUGCCAUUCUUGGUCAUGAUAGUUAAGAACCUCAAAAAAUACUUUUCCUUUGAAGUCACAGUAUUGGAUGCAACUGGCACGAGAAGAAGGUUUCGGGUAUCAAACUUUCAGAGCACUACUCAGGUAUUACCAUUGUGCACCGUGAUGCCAAUAAGCCUCUCCGAUGGUUGGAAUCAAAUACAGUUUAACUUAGCUGAAUUCACUCGACGGGCGUACAAAAUACAGUUUAUAGAAACACAGAAAAUAAAAAUAAAUGCUAAUAUUAGAAUUAGGCGAAUUUAUUUUGCAGAACGAAUACUGCCAGAAAAUGAAUUACCUUCAGAAUAUAAAAUUUUUUAUCCAAUGCAACCAAGCGAUAAAGAAAAGAAAGAUGCAUCUGCACCCAUGGAAAAGGAGACGUUAAAGACGAAUUCAAUACAAUCAACAACGGGAACAAGAAAACCAGAUGGUCCUACAAAAAAAACAUCCAAAACAUCAAAGACAUCAAUGGAAUCAAAGAAGAAGCCCGGAAAAACGGAUUCAAAAGUAGCAGCAGGGGCUGUGUCUAAGGAAUCAGAAAUAGAAGAAGGCGAUCUUGAACAAACAGAAGAAGAAACAAAAGUAGCUUCUGAAGGUGAAGUUCAAGAGGCAGAAGAGGAUAACGUGGGCCAAGAGGAAGCGCCUGUGGAGCAAGAGGUGGUGCAGCCAAAAGAAACCGAAGAGAGUUUAAUCACAGAAGGAGAUAACAAAACUGAGCUAGAGGGUUACGAAGGAGAUGUAGAAGUAGAGACCGGAGGAGGGCCGCAAGAUGAAGACGAUUAGAAGAAGAAAAGUGGAAAAGAGGUUAUAUUCCAGUGAAGCAGUCAAAACUUUUAAAACUACUAAACACACACAGAUAUUAAUUUGUUUUAU